CUCCGCCACGAUUGAGAGUGGUCGUACCGCUUUCGAGAUAUUCGAUGGAGCUUCUACGUUAGGCAGGGAACUAUGGUAAGAAUUCGAUUCAUGGUUUCGAGAGAGGUCCUCACGCUGAGAUCUAGAGACUAUUAUUCUACAAAUGUUUGAGGUUCUUGGAAGGUGCGGCCGCAGCUCCGCGGCAAGUUCGCCCUGUUCGACACUUCAUCACCGAUAAGAAACGAGGGUGGGGUCGUUCUUCCAUCAAACAGAGCAACCAAGCAGCAAUUCGCAAUGGCGACGAGCGAGCAAAUGGAAGCGUACAGCCAGUUUUGGAGCCUCACACUGGGAUUUGCAGCGCCCUUCGCUCUCAAGGCCGCAGUCAAGCUCGACAUCUUCAACAUCGUGUCCAAGUUCUCGUCGGAGCAAGGAGCCACUCUGGACGAGAUCAUUCAGGAGCUACGGAUCAAGCACGAUGCAGAUAGCAUCCAGGCCGAGAGGCUGUUCCGACUCCUCAGGUUUCUCGUCUUCAAGAAGGUGCUCGCUCUCAACGGAGCUCGCUAUGGCCUCACUCCCAUGUCCAGGCUGCUGGUCAGCCAUGGCUCUAGCAGUGACGUCUUCGUGGGGGGCAUUCUCUCCUUCUGCACGUCCGAAGUCACUCAGCGUUCGUGGCAACAUGUAGAUGCUGCCAUCAAGCGGCCGGGCGACUCCAAUGCUUUUGUGGAAGCUCAUGGAAUGGAACCUCAGGACUAUGUGGCAGCGCAUCCAGAGUUUUGGAAAGUUAUCGAAGACUUCAGGCUGAGUAUAAGCACGGCAACCUCUGCUACUGUUACGCGAGUCUACGAUGGUUUCAAGAGCGUCAAGAGGCUUGUCGACGUUGGGGGUGACACGGGCUCGUUUCUGGCUCAGAUUGUGCGGCUCUACCCGCACAUCCAGGCUGUGAACUUCGAUCUUCCUCGGGUCAUUGCAAAUGCUCCAGCAUAUCCAGGUGUGGAAAACGUUCCCGGAGAUGCUAUGGACUUCGUUCCACCUGGGGAUGGCAUUUUCUUGAAAAGUUUCUUACACAUGUUUGCGGAUGCUGAUGCGGCAAAGAUCGUCAAGAACUGUCACUCGGCCCUCGAAUCAGAUGGGAAAAUCAUCAUUUGUGACAUGGUCAUGGACGAAGGCAAGGAGUUACACUUGCAGCUUGAUAUGAUGUUCUUGUCGGGGAGCCAGCGGUACCAGAGAACGAAAACUGGAUGGAAAAAUUUGCUGGAAUCAUGUGGAUUUGGAAGCGUGAGAUUCUUUGAAGCAGAUCCUUUCUCCAUCACUGAGGCAAUUAGACACUGAUUGACGAGUAUUGUACUUCUAAGCAAAACUUUGAAAAUCCAUUAGUAUUCUAUCUGCUCAAAUGUGACAAAUAAAGCAAUCUUAUUGUGUUUUA